GCACGACUUGUUUUUGUUGCACAACUAAAGCUGUUAUUCAUUGCGUACAUUUAGGCUGUUCGACGCGAUGUGACACUCGUGUAAUUCGUGUGGUAUCAUUCAGGAGUCCUUUAAACAUUAACGUCAAAGUUGUGUGAUCCGCGCUUUGUUUUUGGUAACCGAAAUUAACGCGAUUUCCCCCCUUUUCCUGCCUUGGCGCGAAAAAAACAAACAGCCCUCGCGUUUCGUCUCAAUCUGGUGAGAGCAUCUCUCGGCAGAACUCGGAUGAUGCCUCGUGCUCGGGCAGCACGAGCUGUUUGAUGGCAACCCUUCCGUGAUAAGACCGGGAUCUAAGCACUCGCUCGUGCAACUCGCUUGGGCCAGGACGUGUUUUGUGUUUUGUACGUGGGUAGCGUUGGUCUCGCGCGGUCGGUUCCCCUGGCGGCAGCAGCAGCAUCCUUUGUGCGUCUACACGUAGAGUGACAUAAUUCCUAACGGCGAGCAGAACGAAUCGCUAUUAGCGUUUCAACCAUCGUUCGAGCUGCACGUAAUUUUCGCAACCCCACUUCGCAGUGUCCAAUUACAAGCGGGCUUUUUGAUUGGCAAAUUUAAAUGCGGAAGCGCAUUAUUGUUGUUGUUACCAAGCAUUGUUGAGGUGUGUCAAUGUUUUUUUGAUUCGUCCCAUUCCGGAGGGAGAGCGAGAAUAGGUGGUGUGGAUAUUGAUGCCGAUAGUAAACCUCCGGCGUUGAUAACAAAAAAGUUCACGGCUGAUUAGCGGAUUGAACGAGAAUUUCCGCUCGGUUAUAUGAUUAAUACGGUUACAAUGAUGUAUUGACGGUUGUCUGUCUCACAGUGCUGUUACUUCGAACACCCGUUAAUGAGUGAAGAUUAUCAUCGGUGUUGAGUGCUACAUUCGAUAUCUGGUGAAGAAUUUGGCUUCAAUGAUAAGAGAAGCGGAAAAUUUAAUGAGUGCUAAGAAAGUGACAGUUGAAUAUAACUGAUUCCGGCAGAUACAAACACCAAGCACCUGAGGUGGUCGCGCGUGGGAACUACCAAAAUAAUCACACAACACACACACACACGUACAUACUGGAACUCGGAAAAAGUUUACCUUGCUUGCUGGCCCUGCGAUUGCAGCAGAGAUUCGCGCGAAGUGGGAGAAAAAUAAAAACAAUCGCUGGAAUUCUACAGAGGUUCACGGUUCCAUCGAUACCAAUUACCACCCACCGCCGCCCAACCGUAAAUAGAGCCUCGUCUUGCUGCUCAGCAAAAAAAAAGGAGGAAUGAAAAUUUUGCUAUUAUUGUCAUAGAUACUAUCACCACCACCUCAGCGAAGUAAGUGAGCAGCUUCAGCAGAAUCGAACCAAAUUGCACGAAACCAAGCAGAAAUAAAUCAAUAUUUUAUACAAUUUUAUUAAUAUUUAACGACUACGGAGAACCGGUGUCGGUGGGACACCAGAUGAAAGGUGGGGCACUCGUGAAAUAAUCAGCAUGAUCACGACGCUGCAGCAUCCAUCGAUUGUUGGUCUAUUUUGGGAGCAAUAAUCGGGACAGUUGGGGGAAAAAUCGAUGCAAUGCGAACGUGGCAAUAAUUUGAUUUCGGUGGGCUGAGAUAAACGGAAAAAUCAAGGGUGAAACAAUCUCACACGGAAAAUUUUACCCCACAUAACCCCACAGCACAGAUCGCCCCAGUAGAAGCAGUAGAAACGUAACGACAAUAAUAAUAGUACCUUAUAGUGUUUAGAUUUUACCAAAGCCAAGAGUAACUCAUUUCAUAAUCAAGUAAAAAAAAAACAACAAGAAACCCCGAAUCAAGUGCCGUUCCAGUUGUUGUGCGGCAGGACAAAGGAUUUUUUGAAGCUCUCUCUCUCUCUCUGUGUCUAUCUCUUGUUGCGGAAGGACUCAUUCAUCGCGAACACUCACGCCGCACACAAUGGAUCUAAAGCACUCGAAUGUUCCGGAGGUGACGGUCCCGGCGGAUGCCUACAUGCCCGGUAGCAAAUCCUCUGAUCUAAUCAAGCCGCCCACCAAUGGAUCCAGCGUGACGCUGGAUGCCCCGGGACUGCAACCCGGAGAGUUUAAGGUGUAUGGUCGACGAUGGAUAGUGCUGGCAAUCUUUGUGAUGUACUCCGCCUCGAAUGCACUCCAGUGGAUCCAGUACAGUAUUAUUGCGAACAUAGUUCAAAGAUAUUAUAACAUUAGCAGCACAUGGGUCGACUGGACGUCGAUGAUUUUCAUGAUCCUCUACAUUCCACUAAUCUUUCCGGCCAGCUGGAUUCUGGAUAAAUUGGGCCUCCGGAUCGCGGCCAUCAGCGGAGUGCUGGGCACUUGCUUAGGUGCCUGGAUCAAGUGUUUCUCCGUACAGCCGGAUCUGUUCUGGGUUGGCUUCGUCGGCCAAUCGAUCGUGGCCGCAUCGCAAGUAUUCAUCCUCUCGCUACCGGCCAAAGUGGCGGCGGUGUGGUUUGGCCCCGAUCAGGUAUCCUCGGCAUGCAGCAUCGGUGUGUUCGGAAAUCAGCUCGGAGUUGCGCUUGGGUUUCUGUUGCCACCUGUGCUGGUGGAAAAUCACGAUGACUUGAGUCUGGUGGGCGAAGAUUUGAGGAUCAUGUUCUAUAUUGUGGCCGGCUUCACCAGUCUGCUUGUUGUGCUGGUAUUAAUCUUUUUCAAAGCGGCACCACCAACCCCUCCGUCGGCAGCUCAGGAAGCUGCCAAAACACCGAACCCGCUGCAAUCAUCUCCCUUCGUGCACUCCAUCAAGCGACUUGUGCUGAACAGAAACUACGCCCUGCUGCUGAUCUCCUACGGGAUGAAUGUGGGAGUGUUCUACGCAAUCUCUACUCUGUUGAAUCAGAUCGUGCUGACCCACUAUCCGGGGCAUGAAGUGGACGCCGGUCGCAUUGGCGUCUGCAUCGUCUUCGCAGGAAUGAUGGGCUCCGUCGCCUGCGGAAUUGUGCUCGAUAAGACCCAUCGAUUCAAGGAGACAACACUGGCUGUUUAUGUCUUCACCAUGAUUGGAAUGUGGAUCUACACCUUCACCCUGUCCAUCGGUCACAUCUCGGUGGUUUACAUCACAUCGUCCCUGUUGGGUUUCUUCAUGACGGGCUACCUGCCGGUGGGUUUCGAGUUUGCGGCCGAGCUCACCUACCCGGAGCCGGAGGGAACCUCGACGGGGCUGUUGAACGCAGCGGCGCAGGUCUUCGGCAUCGCAUUCACCAUGAUCUACUCGGAGAUACUGAACAGCAGCGGGGACAUCAUCGCGAACGUUACAAUGGCUGUGAUGCUAUGCGUGGGUUCGAUCGUCACCGGCAUCAUCCGAUCGGAUCUCCGCCGCCAAGCGGCCCAAAAUCCGAACCCUUAAACCCGGUUACCUGGAAUGGUGCUUUUUUCAGCAAACAAGAUUUUAAAAAGUGUUGUGCUCUAGGAGGAUAGAUUUAGAUUUUUAUAUUAAGCUGUUAUUUAUGCUCGCCGUAAUUGUUGUCCAUAUGGAAGAAUAUUAGCAGUUCUUCGACUUUAUUUUUAUACAAUCUGCAAAUGGUGAUUUUUUAUCGAGCAGUUGUCAAGCGGUUGACUUGUAUCCAUGGAAAAGUUCCAUUUGUAAAUAAUUAUCUCUGCAAUAUUCCUCCCCAGCCAACGGAGCAAUUCGUCACGUAUCCACCGGAGCAGCACAAUUCUGUUGCUGUCGUUGAGAAGGAUGCUGCGGUGGGAAGCGAUUUUGUUUGCGCCACUAGCUUCGGAUCAUUAAAUUUCACACUUUCGUGCAUCUUUCGUUAGCAGGCUUUGGACCCGGACCAUUCCGAAGAAAACUGCAGCACUCCAUUUGUCAGAAUCGUGAUAAAGUCGAUUUGUUUCGUUCGCUCCACCGACGGCGUCGUUGCCGAGAGGACUAGUUUUGUUUGGAUGAGUUAAGACUUUCCUCGAGAAACGCCUCCAGGCGCUCUCGUUGGUCGUAUAUUUAUGAAAACUUCACUGAGAAGCCUAGUCUCAGCUUAUGACACCUUCCAUUGCGAAACAAUUUCUCUAACAGCCGUCAGAUUACGGAAAGUUACUGAAAAAAAAUUCCCCACAUUAAAUGUUAAAUCCUCUUCGCCGGGUCAGCCCCAACCAAGGGCACGAACGUGAGGCCAUUAUGCAAAGUGGUUCAGCAACAGCGAAAAAAAAAAUAGAAAGAAACAGCCAACGUCCAGCAGCCGAACCAUUUUUCACAGUCCGCCGACCAAACUGACCAUUAAUUCAAUUUCACCCUUCUCAAAUUAGGAGCGCCGGGGAUGGAUCGACUCCGGACAAUCGGAGUCGGAUGUUCGGAGAAAAAGGAUCAAAAUUAAUUGAGUGGCAGCUUAUUUUCCGUUGCCCCCUUCGGGAAGCGCUUUGUGUGGUGGCAUUUAAUCCCAAGAUUGCAUCGGCAAGCUGGCCCAUCAUUGUUAUUGAGUUUUGUUCGAAAUUUAGAGGAAAGUAUAGUUUCCGCUUUUUCUUUUUUUUCUCAACUGUGACAACAAAAGUGGAAUCUCUUUUGAUUUCCGUGUAAAUGCUGGCAAUAGAAAUCAUCAAUUGAUUUGAAAUAAUUCCACUUGACUGGAUGGACGACAAGAAAUGAUACGACCGGAAACGAAGUAGAAAUUAUUUAUCGAGAACAUCAGUCAAAAUCGAUUCAAGAUGAAAAUACAAGAAGGAAACGAGAUGUAUCAAUAUUUGAAAGUGGAUACUCUUACUUACACAAGACUGUGGACAUAGAAAUACUUCACGUUGGAGCUUGGCGAUAAAUUGAAAAAUUCCCUGUUUACCGUAAUCGUUAUCAACUCAUCAAGUUAAGUGCCUCCCAUGUGAAACUGUGCAACAAUGUCUGUCUUUGUAAUGCAAUUAGAAACUGCUGUUCCGUGUAUGAGCAAAUCAAGAGGAUUUGAUGACGGUAAUGAAGAACGCUCCUUCAACGGUAUUGACCUAUCUGGCCAUAGAGGGGCUGUGGGAGGAAAAUAAGUAUAUCAACAAUCUCAAGUGCACUAAUUAAUUGGACUUUAUUACUUCGUAAUUAUAACGCCGGUAUCUGAGCAAAUCGAAACCCGUGAGAUUUAUUUCAUAGCUAAGUUUAUUGAAAACAAUGAGAGUCACGUAUACUUCUACCUAUACUUAACAUCCAACCGAUGCUAUUUGGAUUUGACAGAUUGGUCCGAGGUUAGUGUGAAUUUGUGGGUUAAUUUGUGCGUAGUCGCUGCGGGAUACUUUCUAUUGGGUUCUUCUGUAGGAGCAUUGAGUCACUGUGCAGGCCAGCCAUUUGGCUGAACCCUUUGGCCAGAGACAUUUGUAUCUGUAAAGAGUAUGGGCCAGCUCUCGAAUGUCACUUCACGGUGGAAACGAAACGAAUUGUAUGCAAGGUUCUGUAUACUUUAUUUCGUUUUCUCCGUGAAGUGUGUACGGGAAUAAGGUCUUAUGAAGGGUUGCCAACUAUAAUUUUCAAAAAUCAGGGAAAAUAAAAAUAAAAAUCAGGAUAAAUCAGGAUAGCUCGUUUUGGGAUGUCCGGAAAGUUCUUGCCGAUUUUUAGGAGAUCAUAAGCAUCAUUUUUAUAGGCAGACAUACAUUUAUUCAAUUUUAUGUGCACAGUUUUGUUCCAUAAUCUUUCUCCAUGUCUCAUACAGCUUUAAAAUUUUAUCCUAUCAGAUCAUACUCGCUUUCUCAUCGAAAACUGUUCAAGUUAUUGUUAUGCUGUCCAUAGAAUCGAAGUUCUUGCCCUUACAUGAAUUUUGUAAGGCCCUGAACCUGUGAUAAUCUGAGGGUGUAAGAUCCGAUUAGUUUGAGAAAUUGUAAUAUAGGAUAUACUACCAUGACUCCAAAAUAAUUUAUUGUGUAAUUUUUCGAGACAUACCGUUUAGCGUUGGCUUGAUGGAAAGGCGACGUCUAUCGCGUAGACGAUUGGCUUCAAAACGGCAUAUUCGUUACAUUUAUAAAUCGAGCCGCAGAUUGAAAUACAAUCCAUUGAAGGCAUUUCGUUCAAAUUGUGUGGAACCCACAUAUCGUCUCAAAAUACGUAACCAAGCUUUAGCAGAUGCUCAUCGACGGUGGAUUUAGUUAUCUGCUUUACAAAGAAAAUCUACUAAACAUCUAUAACCCUGUAAUCUUUGACAUAGGAGAGAGAAAAAAAAUCUCGCGAAAUAAUCCCCAAUGUUCAUUCAUUCAAUUGACGUUGACGGUUUUAUUUUCUGCGAAAUGUGAAGCGUGAAAUUGUGAACCGAAAAACAUAAUGGAUUUUCAGGUGGAAUAAACGCACUAGGUGUUUUGAGCGUUCAAAUAAAUAUUGAUACGGAAUAAUAAAUAACAAACGAAAGAAAGAGCAAUCACUAUACAAGGGAGAACCGGAGAGCUUUCGUUUGUAAGCUAUUCUAACAGUUCUCAUUUCCAGCCAGUAAAACUUUGACAGGAAUCCCGGUAGGGGAAAUCAGAGUAAAACUGACACGCUGAGGAUUUCCACAUAUUUCCAGGACUUCCAGUGUUUCUUCGACUUCAAAUGGUUACAGAACUUCUCUUCAACUAUUAAUGAACCGUUCUACAGUAUCUGAUGAUCAUUUUUUGAAUAGAACUCGAUUUUUUAUUGAAUACAAAUUCUACUAUAUCGAAUAUGAUUUGAACAAAUUAGGACGAAGAAACGCUUAAAUCUAUCCCAUUUAGCUCGAUAUGUGCGAGUGACCAGUUUGCCCCCACUAGGUGACCACUUUACCUCCAAGCAAAAAAAAAGUUCGUUUUUUCACCUUUUUUCUAAUGAUGAAAAGAGUACUAUUUUGAUUUUUUUAGUAAAAACCGUUUGCUAUCUUGAAGAAAAAUGAGUUGAACUAUGAUAUUCUUCGAGAAACGGGAAUUGAAUCGGUAUGUGGACGCAGGAAAUGGGCCACUAUGCCCCCACUUUCUCUAUUCGAAUCUGUUCUAACCAAAACAGCGGAAAAUGUAACUGGUCUUAUAUAAACUCGACACUUGAAAAAUACAAAACACAUUUGUUUACGCUCAGCGAUUGCACACACACAUAUGAAAGUCAUGCAGAGUGCGGUAGUUACCAAUACCAGUCCACUAGAAUAUAAAUAGAAGCGUUGUUUGUUUACAAUGAAACAAAACAGCAAGCUCGUCUCUUGACUUCUGCCUACUACAUUUUUCUGUACACCGCUGUAUAUUGUUCUGAGCGCUUCCCAGAGCUAUCAGUUUUGGUGAAGGUAGUGGUAAAGAUCGAAUCCUUUUGAAACAAUUCGCGGAACAAUGUUCCGUUUUUCAGCUUCGUUUCUAUCAAGCUGACGUAAAUGUCACAUUGGACCUUUGCAAAUGUUACGCGAGAAUUAUUAAAGCGUGUUGUAUACACUCAAAAACUAUUGAACCGAUCAGCGUGAUCAUUAUUUGUAUACGAAAACUUUCAAUUGUGUGUUCAUGGAUGGGAGUAUAUUUUUUUUCCUACAUACAUUUAUUGAAUCUUCCAUGAUGUGGAAAUAACAAUAUUUGGUUAUACAUUUAGUUCUAACAGAAUAAAGUAUUACGUUUGUUAUCAAUUCUUACAGUUAAAAUUUCACAUGUGUGCUGGAGCACAACACUAACGUUUGACCACGUUCAAGUAAUUAAGGUUUUUUGUUACCAUAGGUUGACCGAGGCGCCUUGCUAGUGGGUUUAGAUGAUUCUUCACCUUUCCCGCAUAUUUCCUCCUCGUUUUAUGAAGUUCUUCUCUAACCGUUGCCAUCCCUAAGUCUCGAUGCAUGACACUAUUGCGGAUGUACCAAGGGGCGCCAGUAAUUUGUCUUAGCAGUUUAUUUUGUACUCUUUCGAUGAUUUCGAUAUUACUUGCUGAAGCUGUUUGCCAAAGUUGACGGCCAUAAUGCCAAAUAGGCUUCAGCAUGUAUUUGUAUAGAAGUAGUUUAAACUCUAGUUUUAAUUUCGACUUCCUCCCGAUUAGCCAAUGUAUUUGAUUUGCUCGCAAUUUCAUUCGAUUGAGGCACUGCAGAUCCAUUGAACUUGAACCAUUGAACAGAACUUGAUUUGUGGGCAUGUGUUCUGAUUAAGCUUUAAUUCUCCAUUUUUGAAGCCACUUUUCCACGACCGUUACAUGUUCCUGGGGAUCCCGUGAAGCAAUCGUUCUGUUUUUGUGACUGCUGAGAAUAGCUGUGUCAUCUGCGAAUGUUGUAGUCCCUAAGUUCCGCGCGGUCGGGAGAUCAGCUGUGUAGAUGAGAUACAGAAUUGGUCCAAGAACACUGCCCUGAGGAACGCCAGUAUAAAUUUCUCGCUCUGGCGAUAGUGUUUGGUUAUAUCGAACAUUAAACUCUCUUCCCAGAAGGUAAGAACGCAUAAUUUCAUAUACUUGUGGUAGCAUAUUUUUAAUUCUAUAGAGCAGUCCUUCAUGCCAGACUUUAUCGAAUGCUUGAGCUACAUCAAGAAAAAGUGCUAAGCAAUAUCCACGGCCUUCAUAUAGGGGAAAGGGGGGCAGUUUCGGAUGGGGACAGUUUCGGACAACGCUUGUAAAAAUUAAGUGGUACAAUUUUCAACCAAAUUAAAAAUAUAAAUAAGUUAACAGCCCUUCCACCAACAGGUUUGGUUUGGCAUCUCCUGGUCGUUUAUUACUUACGAAAAAAACACAGUGCCCUUUUUCAUACACGUUUCGAAACUUUUGAACUUGAAGUUGUAAGUAUUUCCCUAAUUCCUUUGUGAACGAUUUAGAAAUUUAAGUACACCACCUCAGUUAGUAAGUAAUAUGAAAUGAAAUAAAAUGCAUACAACGGGGAAAUAAAGGUCUAUUUAUUAGAUCAAAUUAUGAUUUGUUUUCUGAUGUUGGUGGGGCACAUUCGGACAUUGUUCACGAGGCUCACAGGUGGUCCAACCGGGUCCAUUGUCUUUUCUAAUUUUCCAACUAACGGUUGCAUAACGGGAAAACUGUUCCUCAAUGUUCUGGAACAUUUGAAAAAGGUAGCAAAAAGCAACAUAAACGAAUCAAUUUCAUAAAAUCAAAAAUCAAUCAAAAAGUUAUUGCACUUUGGAAACAAUUAAAUAUUGCCGAGAAAAUUACACAAUUCAUGUGUCUUUUCCACCUUAUUUCACGAAUCGCUUACAACCGCUGGAUGUUUCAGUUAUGGGCGCUUUAAAGCAAAAGAUCUCAGUUUCCCAGAGCGAUUGGCUACUCAAGCAUCCUGAAAAAAACUAUUUCUAUGCACGACCAUUCAGGUAUAGUUGCAUCGGCUUAUAAUGCUUCUUUCAAUCUGAGUAAUAUCCUAGCUGGAUUCAAAAUGACAGAUUGCUAUCCAUUCUCAAGAAAGGUUUUUUCGGACAAGAAUUUUGAAUGCUCAAAUGAUCUCACCUACUGGAGCGGAGGUAGCAACUGACUCAUCGGGUAAUACAACAAUGCUGCAAAACAUUGCGUCUACAGCACAGAUAGAUUUUACUUUGGCAACUUUGUCCCCGGAAAAUGUUGAACCUUUCCCAAAAACUUCACCGCGGAAAACCAUUACUCGAAAACGGAAGAAAGCAAAAUCACGAAUUUUUACUGACUCUCAUAGCAAGCAGUUUCCUUUCAGACAAAUACUGAUAAACAGAAAAAGGCUGAAAAUAAGAGGAAAUGGAAGUAAUUGUUGAUAAACAUAAAAUUUUAAUUUUUUUUCGUUGUUCGAAAGUGCCCCAGGACUGUGCGAAACUGCCCCACACAUGGGGCACAUUCGGACAAAAAGGCAAUUUUCAAAAAUUCGAAUAAACACUUCGUAAUCUCAUCAACGCACACCUCUAACACGCUCAUAUGAUACAUUGAUGUCCAAAUGACAACCAGGAUUUUUUUUCAAGUUCACAAAAAAUAUUAAAAAUCAAGGAAUAAAAAGUGUCCGAAUGUGUCCCCUUCUCCCCUACUUAUUCAAUAGUGCCAUGUUUUACUCGGAAUCCGAAUUGGUGAUUCGGGAUUAAUCUUUCAAUCACGGGCGCUGAUUUUAUUAGGAUAAUCUCUUCACACACUUUUGAGAAGAUUGGAAGGAUGCUGAUAGGUCUAUAAGAUUCCACUUUCUGUGCGUCUUUACCUGGCUUAGGAAUCAUAAUGAUGGUCGAAAUUUUCCAUGCUUGUGGGAAAUAUCCUAUAUGGGUCAUUGCGUUGAAAAUUCUCGUGAGAUGUUUAAUUGCUAGGUCAGGUGGUUCCUUGAUCAUAUUUCCGUUGAAUGUGGUCGAUACCGGAUGACUUUUUCACAUUGACAUGAUUUUUGAUAACAUGUCUCACCAGCCGAUGUUUGAUUUUCAUUUUGUUUCGGUUUGUAGCACCAGAAAAUUCGAGCGUUCCUUGAUUUGGUCCCGAUUGAUUCGGAGUGAAAACUUUCUGAAGAUGGUUUGCAAAAGUUGCUGCUUUUUCAUCGUCACUUCAGGCCCAAUUACCAGAGGGCAUUCUAAACGGCGGGACCUGUAACUGAGGUCGUUUUAGAUUCUUAGUUGCCUUCCAUAAUGAGUAAUUAGUAUUUUAAUUUGGCGACAAUUUUUCAUCAUUCUCGUCUUGUGAUAGCUUUCUUAAUUUACGUUGUGCCAUAUUGAAUUGGUUUUUAGAUUCUCGCGAUCGUUUGUUUUGCCAGAUACGUCUCAGUUGUCGCUUUUCUGCGACUGCUGCUUUCAUGUGGGAGGCAGUAUUAAUUAGUUCGUGUUUCUUGGUCUUCACGGGUGGGGUAGCUAUCUUCGCAGCAUUCUGUAUGAGUACACUGAGCUGGUUAACUGCGUCCUCGAUAUGAUGUUCGUUAUCCAGGGGUAGAUCGAGAAUGUUAGAGGAGAUAUAUGUCUUAUAUUUUGUCCAGUUCGUUGAAAAGUUAGUGAGAUUAGAUGACUUCUGCUUCACUUCCUUUUCUAUGAAGUAUUCCAGAAGUAUUGGUGAGUGAUCAGAUGAAGCUUCGAUCGUAUUCGUUUACUAUUAAUAUUUUUGUGACAGCGGAAUCUAGCAGGUCCGGAAGUCGUGCAAGAUCCUCUGGCCAGUGUGUCGGUUCGUCGCAUGAUGCAAUGUCAUAGCCAGAGUCAGUGAUAACGUUGUAUAAUACGCGACCACGAGUGGUAAUCAACCUUGAUCCCCAAAAGGUGUGUUUUGCAUUGAAGUCACCAGCGACGAUAAAUCGGAUAGGAUUAUCUAUUCGAUUCUAUAUUCAAAAUCAUGUAUCGUGAAAAUCUGAAAUGUUAUUAUCAAAUAUCAGUUAUCAGGAGUAGCAUGGUGGCAACGGGUAGUUUCGCUGAUAUUCCCAUAACUCUGUUAUCACAUUCAAUUCAGUGACAAAUCGUGAAACUCCAACUAAUAAAAUCUGAACGGAAAUGUGGAACUAGUUAUCACAUUUGCGAAAACCUAUAAACAAGUCAACCGUUUUGGAGUUUUGAAGAAAAAAAACUAAUGUCCCAAAGCACUAAGAUUUCGAUUGCUUGAACCGCAAACAUUAGCAGCCCGAAGAGAGUGAGCGUUUACGGACAAAUGUAAUAGUAAUACAAAUAGUUAGUAUUAGCUGUGAUAAAUUGUUAUUUUGAAUUAGACCACGAUAAUAAGCACAUGGAUGUUAUGACAUUCUAGAUAGUAAGACAAUACAGAGAACCGUAGCAAUUAGUGAACGCAGGUGUGUCCCGAUACGAAAUAGUGGCAGAAAACUCGACAAUAAGAGAAAGACGUUAGAUGCAAAAUUAAAACAACGUUUAUCCAAUACGAAUAUUUACCAAAAACAAAGAUAAAAUCCACCUUUCGAAGAUGUUCAGAGUAACCUAGGAUUGUUAAUGGAAGCGAAUUUAAGAUAAAAGAGAACACUUUUGGAAAUAAACCAAAACACACACAUUAUCCAACGAUGCAAAUCACAUCAUUCCACUUUCAAUAUACCGCCCAGGGGAACGGAUCGAAUCGGGAGAAGGUGCCUGGGAUGUAGCUACCAUAUAUUUCCACGGAUGAGAUCGCAGUCGAAUCAUAUCAACGUGUUUAUCACCAGAACGCUUGUCAUCUUUAUUAAGGGAGACGUCCAUUGUAGCAUUGAUAUUAAAAAUAACUACAACUCUUUUCUGGUUAAAUAUACAUCGUGGCACAAUCGAUCCUUCCUCCCACAAAUCGAUCAUCCCAACGAAAACACACAGAAUACCAUCCAUCUGAAUAUCGAUCAAUGCGUAGCGUUGCGCACUGUGAACCCAAUGAGUUCCUCCUGCAGUUAGACUCAUGAUGUGUUACUGAUUUGCAUGCAAAUCAUCACCACUUGUACGCAAGUUGUAGAAUAUAUAUCUGUGAGCUCAAGAGAAUGAAGAUUAGAAUCCAACAACGAUACCUAACCCGAAGACAAUACACAAAAAUACCUUUAGCGAAAAUAUUAGGUGAACAUGCCAAGAUAAGAUAUUUAGAGUAAAGAGCAAUAUAUAUAUUAGACAAAAUCCGCACCUGUUAUCAAUAGCAUUUAAUGGGAAAGAGAGAAAUAACACCGUAUUUUAGAUGAUUGUGUAAAAUAUUUUUGGAAUAAAGAAAUAUGUGUGCCGAACCCGUUGAAAUACAACAAAAUAGUCGCGAUGUUGAAGAAAAAAAAUGACAAUAAAUUCAAUGAGCUGUAUAAUUAGGAUUAAAGGCAAUCGACGAGUUUGCCGAGAAUCUGCUCAAAAUGGCAAUAGUAAAGGAAAAAGACGUACGCUUCCCAUGUAUGUUAUGUAGCUUACAUUCCCCCUUCUAAGGAAAACUGUUAAUUAUUCUUGGGAGCUGAAAGUAGUUAAGUGUACUGUUUACUAUUCUCUCGCAUAUUUAUUACUGUGGUGAUAUUAGUCCUGUAAAAGGCAUCAAUUUCAAACAAAUAACAUUCUUCAUCUAUGCUUAGUAUAAAAUAAGAUAGAAAUGUCGUACGCGAAAAGAGUAGAAGAAAAAUACUAUAAACUA